UGGGGGCAUUUUCACUUUUCUGCUUUGUCUUCUCUCCUAAGCAUGAGAUCAGUAAACUUCAAUAGCCUGCACAUGACUGAAGUCUGUAGCAUUUGCCUGAUGGCAGGGAGGGGCAUGUUUGAACCCACACUUCUUGUUUCCCAGGGGACAGGAGAACUUUAUGAAGGGCUGUGGCUGAGGUAGGGAGUGAGGAUGCAGCUGGCUGUCAGAAAAUAACUUUUAUUGAAAAAGCAAAGCAAGGAAGCUGACUGGUUUACACUAUGAACAAAAGUGGGGGAGGGACAGUAGAGUUCUGGCUAUACACCAGAGUAGGUGUGGGGGUGGGUGUGCAAUGUGUGUCCAUGCCCUUAUACUUCUCUUUGGGAAGCAGCCUUUAGCAUCUGAGUUCCCAUCCCCCUUGUGCUGCUAACAUUAGCCCUUCUCAACAGUCCAGAUCUGCUCUUUGGCUGCAGCCACUGAGUCCAUUGGCCCCAUGAUAAUCAUCAGGUGAUCAGUGGAGCAUUUAUGUCUCCCCUAAGCAAUGGUGCCUUCCUGGGCUCAGUUUGGGGGGUUGCACCCACAUCCUGCCCCAGGUGGGAGCUGCAGCAGCAAUGAAUUCUCAGACAUGCCAGGUGCCGUGCUGUGCUUGGGUCCCUCCCUGCCUGCUGCCCUAUUUGUGGUGGGGAGAGAGGUCUUCCUGUGUGUGGUGCUAGACAGAACAGGAGGAGGGAGGAAGAUGCCGGUCUGUCUCUACAUUUUAGUCCAGCUAGUGAAACCUCACUGGAGAAGCUUUUAGCAGCUCCCAUCGGGAUUCUGAUUUCACAGCCCUGAAGUGCACUUGUGGGUUGCUCUGAGAGCUGUGCCCUGCCCCUCCUCCCUGCCAGAGCAGGGGGCAUGAUUCUCUGGAAAGCUUCCAGAUCUAUGCCCUGCUGUGCAAGCAGCCGGGCCUCCUACCAGCUCCACUGGGUGGAGGAAGGUUAAUGGCUGGUACAGGGAGUGUCAGGCAGGGGCUGGCAUAUCCUGUCCCCUUCCCUUGCAUCUUGGUAUCACUCCACUUCAGUCCAAGUGCUAUAGAAGAAGAGUCAAGGCGGGGACUCAGUGAAAAGUCUUCUCUUAGGCAGUUCAAGCAAGCAGCUGAAGGUUGGGGGCCAUGGCCACAGACCCACUCUCAGAGCUGCAGGAGGACCAGACGCUGGAGGACACCAACCAGUCCCUCAGUCAGCUCAAGCUGGCCUCCAUAGACGAUAGGACCUGGCCAGCUGAUGAAGUGCCUGUUUUUCCCAGGUCAGAGGACUCCGGAGGUUCGCCUGAGUCCAUCACUCACCUGAAGUGGGAUGAUCCAUACUAUGACAUUGCGAGGCACCACAUUGUGGAAGUAGCAGGUGAUGACAAUUUUGGAAGGAAGGUCAUUGUGGUCAGUGCCUGCCGGAUGCCUCCCAGCCAUCAGCUUGAUCACACCAAACUGCUGGGGUACCUGAAAUUCACACUGGACCAGUAUGUGGAGAGCGAUUACACGCUGGUGUAUCUGCAUCAUGGGCUGACUAGUGAGAACAAGCCAUCCCUGAGCUGGCUGCGGGAUGCCUACCGGGAAUUUGACCGCAAAUACAAGAAGAACAUCAAAGCGCUAUACAUUGUGCACCCAACUAUGUUCAUCAAGACGCUGCUGAUUCUCUUCAAGCCCUUGAUCAGCUUUAAGUUUGGGCGGAAAAUUUUCUAUGUGAACUUCCUGAGUGAGCUGGAGGAGUAUGUGAAAGUGGAGCAGCUGGGAAUCCCAAGCCAGGUGCUAAAGUAUGACGAAUACCUGAAAUCGCAACAGAAACCUUCUCAAGUGCCCCAGAAACCAACUCCUCCACGCCCACCCCUGCCAAACCAGCAGUUUGGAGUCUCCCUCCAGCACCUGCGGGAGAAGAGCCCUGAUCAGGACCCUGUCCCACGGGUGGUCAGGGAGACCAUUGGCCAUCUUCAGGAGCAUGCUUUGGUCACAGAAGGGGUUUUCCGGAGAUCAGCAAAUACGCAGGUUGUCAGAGAGGUCCAACAAAAAUACAACAUGGGGAUGCCAGUACAUUUCGAACAGUAUGAGGCUGUUCACCUCCCUGCUGUGAUCCUCAAGACCUUCCUGCGGGAGCUGCCAGAGCCUCUCCUCACCUUCAACCUCUACAGCCACGUUGUCAACUUCCAGAAUGUGGAAGAGAUAAACCGUGUAGACACUGUUCGCAAAAUCCUUCAGACACUGCCUGAUGAAAACUACCAAGUACUCCAUUUGCUGACAGCCUUCCUGGUGCAGGUGUCUGAUAACAGUGAUGUGAACAAGAUGACAAACACCAACCUGGCAGUGGUUUUUGGCCCAAAUCUCCUGUGGGACAAGGAUGUGGCCAUCACCCUCAAGGCCAUCAAUCCCAUCAACACCUUCACCAAGUUUCUGCUGGACCACCAAAGGGAGCUCUUCCCGGACGUGGAGGCCUGAGCCUGGGCCAGCCCCCACUAGCACACUGUGCCCACCUUCCCACCUCCUUUCCUACCUUGUUGCGGAGCUGUGACCAAGAGUCUUCAGUACAGAGGGGCCAUUGAAGCUCCAGGUGAUGAGUGGGGCGAGAGCUGUGGAGAUGGUGGAGUGAGUGUGUGAGUGAGCAAGCAAAUGACUGGCUGCCCAAGGUGGAGUUGGGGAGCCGGUCUCCCUGUUCCUGUGUGUUGGAGUCCUGUCCUACAACCCAAUCCUGCAUAGCUCCUCCAGGGCUCAUCACUGGCCAUGCUGCCCUGUAAGAUGCCUUUCUUUCCUUUCUUCUUCUUGUGUGUUGUUCUGCUCUCCUGGGUCUCCCAGCAGAUCCUCUUCUGUGCAACCCACCAAAAUCCUGGUUCAUUCUUCCUCCUUACAUCAGGGCCAGGCUGGGUUUUCCUGGAGUUUCCUCUGGCAGGUCUCUUGCUGUCAGCCCUUCCUCUCAGGAUUGGAGUUUGUGUUGUCUUUCCUCAUCUGUGCCUGCAGCAGGUAAUUGGGAACAGGCAGCCCUUGUGCUGUAGGUGUGGUGAGAACACCCUGUGGCAAGGGGUGCUAAGUGCCACCUUAUGCUCUGGGUGCGCAGCAGGCCAGUGAAGGAGAUCUGACUCUUGGGGUAUCUGGACUGUGGGUAAUUCUUUCUGAUCAGGUGAGCAUUGGAAUCAUGUGGGGACAAGUGCCCUGGUGGCGUUAGCUCCCCAAACUGCCAAAUCCACAGUGGACACUGCCUUUUCCCUAUAGCUGCAGCACAGGGAUGCUUAUUCCUACUGACCCACCCACACUUACACACCUGCACGUUAGUUGUGGACUGGCCAGCAAGGGACCUAGGCCUUUAGCUGUGGCUGUGUUUUCUCUUCAGUAUGAGGGAGCUUCCUUCAGCACGCAUGUAAUUAAGAGCGUGGCCUGGAGGGAAGGGCCUGGGCACUGAUGCCAAACCUUAUCCCAGCAUGUGAGAAGCCUGGAUUUACAGAAACCUUCCCAGAUGCUGAGCUCUCCCAUGUGUCAUAACUGUGAGAGGAACCCUGUGCCAUGCAGGGGGCCUAGCCCCCUCUCCUCAGUGGCCUGGACUCUUGGUUUUCUGCAUUCCCUAUACCCUUGGCACUGAUGGAGGGACUGGGUUCUGCUGGAUAGGUUCAGGAGCAGAGUAGGCCAGAUUCCCUCCUGAGGCAGCUACACUGCAGUCAUUGCCCCCAGUGCUGGCCUCUUGUAUGCUAACCUAAGAGGGAGCUAAAGCUCCCUCUCCUUGGCCUGCAGGAGAUGGGCUGCCACCUUGAUGGAAUGAAGCUCACCAGCUUCCAGCCUCCAUCUCUGGGCUAAUGCCCCACUCCUUCUGUGCCAGCACUAGUCCCAAUCGCACUAGGCCACUGGGCAAAUACUUGGACCACAUAAGAGCUCUUUUUAUAAGCAUGUUUUGGAUACUAAAUGGAAGCUUUUUAACAGGAUUUGAAUCUGCCCUUGAAACCAUCCCAGGCUGGUUUCAAAAAAGGUGAGACACUGCUGAUGAGCAUCAACAGCAGACACGGGGGGGCUUCUCUGCUAGGCCCUAAGGGCAGGGAACCAGCCAAGGCAGGAGCACCACCCAGACCCUCUGAGCUAGCUCUGACUGUCCUGUCUUAUGGGUGGCAUGUGGGGUAACCCCAAAAAGGGUGGGAUCAGUGAGCUGAGAAUUCUUGUGCAACACCAGAGAAUAGGCCCUGCAUCCGUUGGUUUAGUCCUAUCCCUGUGCAGGGCACUGACGAGUGUCCUAGGGGACUACAGGACCCAUGCUAAGGUGGGGCCCAGGCCUGGAGAUGGACCUGGCUCUUAUAAGGAUUGUAUUCCUCCUCUUUGGCUGGGCCCUUAGUGCCUUUUACUGUGAAUAACUGCCUGGAGUUGAAAAAUGAGCUUUGGUGAGUCACUGGGAGCUCCUAGUAGACCCGUCUUCCACCAAAUCCAAGGUGGAAGGUAGUCUUACCAUAUAGUGAGCUCUUGGGAGUGCUGGAGGGACACUCUUCACUGCCACUGAGGUCAGGGUAGGCACGUGGGAGAGGUACAGCUCUACACUUAUCUGAUCAGCAGCCUGGAAUCCAGUUAGGUCUGGCUUGGUGGAAAUCUUGGGAGAAGGGGAGUGCCUGUGAAACCCAGGGUGCAGCUGCUCUUUUCCUUUUCUCAUGGGAGAUUCCAUGAGACUGCAUCCAUUUCAGAAUGAAGCAAGGCUGGGUUCUGGCAUCCUCCAAGCCAGCUAAAUUGAAUGUCUGAGCCAGCUAGUCUUGGGAACAAACAAAUGUUAAGUCCAGUAGCUUGGAACAGGAAGUGUCUGUAUGCUGGGGCACAAGGCCAUGGCUGCAGGCUGUGCCCCUGCUCCCUGGGGAGGGCAGUGACUUCUAGCCUCUGGGCAGAACUGGUCACACUGACCCUUGGCUUUCAAUGCUAGGAAGCAUAGGCUGUAUUUGGGCCAGGUGUUUUGUUGGCCUCAUAGAAACUUACUUUUAAAACUGAUUUCAUGGGGUUUUCUGGAGAAUCAUGGAACCUAUCCCUGCCCCCGCUUGGGAAUAAAGCCUAACUUGGGGUCAGAGCCCUGUAUGGGGAAGGGAGCAGCUUGGAGGAAGUUCAGGUGACUGGUACUGCUCAUGGUGGGAAAGUGCUUGCGAAGCCCUGGAAGAGUCUCAAUGUAAAUAUCCUCCUUCCUUUGCCCCACCCCUUGCUGGAGCUGCCAAGAGGCCUGGAGCAGGCCUGGCAGUGAUGGCUGCUUUUGCUUCUGUGAUAUAUUUGCCUGGAUGCCUUUCAUAACAGCAUUACUUUUGUGGCUUGUGUGUGGAGCUGUGACUGGGACCUGACCAUAGCCUUCAGCACCCUGUAGUGGGUGGAAGGAGGAUAACUGAGUCUGUCUGCCAACCAGCUCUAUCCUGUGAUUCUCCUCAUAGUCGUUACAGCCUCCUGACGUGGAUGCUCUAUGCCGGGCUGGAGCAGGAAGCCGGGCAGUAGUACAGGCAGCUAGAAUGGUCAGAGGACCAGCGUUGUUUGAAUUUUGUUUGAAGGGGUUGGUUGCUGGUGGGGGCUGGAAUUACUGUUAGUCUCCUUCACUGUGUCAGCCUAGUGGGUACAGCUGCCCAGCUCCCUUCCCUAGCUUGGCUUUCAAAUUAGCUGUUAGCCAUAGUGCCCUUGUGGGGGUGGAACAUUUUGACUCCCCUCUGCACCCUGCUGUGGGCACUUAAACCGUACCCCUGCCUGUCCAUUUUAGUGGCAUCUAAGUGGCUCCUGAGCACCUGUUUCUUCAUGGGCACCCAUCUGUCCUGGAACUGGAGCCUUUGGAUGAUGCAGGUGUUGGUACAGCCUGGUGGAAGCCUCGUGGCAAUGUCUUAUUUGACUCCUCAGAGUCCUCUGAGGGCCAGAUUGGCCUGUUUGCUUUUUCAGGGGUAGGGGCCCCCGUGCAUAACUUGGAGCUUUGCUUUUCCUCGCUGGUGUUCUCUGCCUUCUCUCUGUUGAUGUUCAUCAGGUGCAGGGGCUGAGGUUUUUACUGUGACUAAUUCACAUCCAUGUUUAUUUUCUUCUUGUUGGCACCAAUCUUGUAUUUCACAGUUUGCACUUUUUGUAUUUCAAUAAAAAUCAAAACCUGA